AUUAGUUUGUUAUCACAACACCAGCUAAAUUUAUAUUAUUUUUUCGUUUAAAGUAUUUUUGAAACUAAAUUAGGAAGAACUCAUCACCGUUGUCUCUUCAGAAGAAAAUAAAUCCAGUUUUGUUGCACAUUCACCUAAACACACGAGUUUCACUGAAGUUCUUCCUGUGAUGGCUUGUUUAAACUCCCCUCGAACAGCUGCUGGAGCGUACGAGUUAACUAAAAAUCUACUUAUUAAAGCUCAUGCAGAAUAUGACAUCAAUUAUCGGGGGUAUUUAGCCAACCAUUUACCUCACGGUCUUUACACGUUAUGCGCUCUAGGAGCAUCGACAUCGCGUUUACAACAAUUUUACGAUAAGUACGUAAAGAAACUAGAACCCAUUUCCAAAACUAGUACAGUAAUCGAUUCGUCAAAUUGGGAGACGAACAUUGGAUGCAAAGGUUCAUACUCUGAUUACCUGAGAUAUUUUGAUAAUGAAUUGGAGGUAAAAGGGCUGAAAAACACUUUCGAUUUAUACUUCAGUCAACUUAUGGGUGAAUCACUAGGCGCGGCACUGCAUCCGCUGAUCAACAUCGGCUAUGCUAUGGAAUUUAAAAAUCCAAUACUCCUUUCUGAAGGACUUGCAUAUGUGUGCAUAACACCUUUGAGAGAUACCUCAAAGAUUUUAAAUAAUGCCGAUGUGAUUGGUGCAAGUAGCGACACAACCAUUUUUCAACUCAUCGAAGAACUGCAAAGCAUUAAAUUUCCUGAAAUUCAUAAUGACGGUUGGAACUUCCAAAGAAAGACGGAAUUUUUACUAGAAAAUUAUGGGAUGGUUUUUAGGGAUUUGAUUGCCAAAUGGGAUCUUACCCAAGGCGACAAACUACUCGAUAAACUCAAUGAACUGACAGAAGCGUCCAUAUUAGCCGUUUUUGGAACAUAUCCCAAACAAAUUGAUUUUUUCUUACUACAUGGAUUAACUGGCAACCAUGCCGUGCGAAUUCUAUUCCAAAAUUUGCCGGAAGCUUUACAGCGUCAAAUUCUGAAAGUCAACUUACUGGGAUUUCUCACCGACUAUGUUGUUCAGCGGUGUCCGAAAGUUGAUAUCAAUUUCAUUACUGGCUACAAGGAAACUAAUGGAAAUCUGACAUGGGACGUCAUAUUAGACAAGACUAUUUCGACUGAUGAAGUGCAUGUACCGAAAGUAAUUCGUUGUUUGACCCAUUUUAUGGAAGCGGUUCCGUUGCCGCAACGAUCGAAGCUUUUCACCGAUACGUUCCUCAAGCAGUGCGCUAUUAAAUUGGUCGAUAUUGUUCAAGAAGAAGAAGAUUUUUUGUUUUAAACGUGUUUAAGUUUGACGAGCAACGCAACGUUGUUGUAAAAUAUGCUUUUGUGCGAUAUAAUCUGUUAAAGCAUAACAGCAGUUUCACUGUCGAAUCUAUUACUUCAUUUGAUGUAUAGUUUGAUCUCAAAUCUUUCAAUCCAAUUUAUUGUGUUGUCUAUAUAUAGAUUAAUAGCACCGCAUUAGACAAACGUUGUCAUUUAUUUCUGAAGUUGCUAUCGAUAACAUGUUAGCCGAAGAAAAGGAUUGAAGAAAGUAAAAAGUCUAUGAAAAUUGAACAUCAAAAAAGGUAAUAGAACCGAUAACUGAACUUCUGAUGUGCUUAAUGCUUAUAUGCCGAUUGUGAAAGGUUGAUGAUUUGGUUAUUUGCUAUGAAAAUAAAUUUACAUACAUCCAUGCAAA